CUUUCUCCAUUCAUCUUUCAACUUUUUCCUUCACCGUCUGUUUCUUCUUCCUGUAGUUGUAAUUGUUAAUCAUAAUAUCAAGUGAACAAUUGUUUCUUUUCUUCCUCUAUUAUUUCUUCCAUUGUCUACUUAAAAUUUCAACAAUCACCCAGGUAAUUUAUAAUUAAAAUUGGUUUUUGGCCCAAUUUGAUGACAAAAAUAUAGAUUCGGAUCUGUUGAGAAGCUUUGAUUUUUCACCUUUUUAUGCUCAAAGAUACCAAUUUUUGGUUUCUCCCAUCUCUAUCUAGCUUGCAUGUUGUGGUUUCAGUUGUUUUGUUCAUGAAUUUGAUCAGGGUGUCUUCAUAUCUGUGUUUUUUUUUCCUAUUUGGGUUUGUUAUUGAUGUUCAAUUGUGCUUUUGCUUAGGAGACCCAAUAAUUUGAAGCUUCAAUUUUGGUUUUGUUAUUGAUGUUCAAUUGUGCUUUUGCUUCGGAGACCCAAUAAUUUGAAGCUUCAAUUUUGGUUUUGUUAUUUCAUCUUUUCAUUCUCCCAUGUUGCGUCUCAAAGCUUUCUGUCUGUUACAUGCAGUAAUUAAUUUGGCCUUCUUUCUGUACAUAUGGGUUUCUUCUUUCUAGGUAAAAGCCAAAAAAAUGAAGCUUAGUCCACAGUGUUAAAACUUCCAAGUUUUAUAAUCUGUACGUUUAUGAGCAACUCUUCACUAUACUACUUACUGAGUAUCUGAUUUUUACACCACCGGAUAUGCUUCCAUCAAGAAAAAAGAUGGUUCAUUUUCUCUCUGUUUUCGAAAAAGUUUCCGACUAGUACGUUGCCGCCUUCUUUUUCUUCCUUCACCUCCUUUCACAUCCUUCCUCUCUCCUUCUUUGCUGCCUGGUUUCCCUGCUUCAAUGGACAACACUGGUUUCCACAAACCUUCAUCCUCAUCCUACUCUGCCUUUUCUCAUUCCAAUCGAAGCGGUGGUAGAGGUAGAGGAAGAGGACUGGACACGAGGGAUAAUACAGAAAGAUCAGGGGGCCGUGGCGGUGGUGCUGGAAGCUCCGGCAAAGAUAAAAUUGAUGCUCUUGGUAGACUAUUGACACGCAUUUUGCGGCACAUGGCCUCUGAGCUAAACUUGAAUAUGAGGAAUGAUGGGUAUGUGAAGGUGCAAGAUCUGUUAAAGUUAAACUUAAAAACAUUUGCAAAUGUCCCAUUGAGGUCACACACAGUUGAUGAUGUCAAAGAGGCCGUACGGAAGGAUAACAAGCAAAGAUUCGGCCUUUUGGAAGAAAAUGGAGAGCUUCUGAUACGUGCCAACCAAGGCCAUACAGUAAAGAUAGUUGAAACUGAAAGCUUAUUGAAACCGAUCCUUUCAGCUGAUGAAGUUUCAGUUUGUGUACAUGGCACUUACAAGAAGAAUUUGGAAUCAAUUUUGGAGCAUGGGCUCAAACGCAUGAAAAGGUUACAUGUUCAUUUCUCAUGUGGCUUGCCAACAGACGGCGAAGUAAUUAGUGGAAUGAGGCGAGAUGUUAAUGUCCUCAUCUUUCUUGACGUGAGAAAAGCUUUGGAAGAUGGGAUGAAGCUUUAUAUCUCUGAAAACAGAGUUAUCUUGACAGAGGGUAUUGAUGGUGUGGUGCCAGUGAAGUACUUCCAACAAUUGGAGUCAUGGCCAGAUAGAAAACCUUUGUCAUUAUAGAAUAUGUCAUUUUUUCACUCUUCCUCUCCCCUUAACAUCUGUUUUUCUUCUUACUCCCUUGCACUCUGUUCCCAGGAGGAAUAAGGGAGUAGUGGCACCCUGUGGUGUCUUAAAACAUUUAUUGUGAUUGGAUUCAUGAUCUUGUGUAUUGACCCCUCUAAUGUAGUGAAAUCUAGUAACCACAAAAAUGAAGUCCCACUUCAUGUCAGGUUGAAAUGAGGUUUUUAUAUUCAAGGUGAAGGGUUCAGAAUACAGGCAGAUUAUUCAAAUGCUUGUAAAUAAACAUUGUGAUGGAAGAUAGCAGAAAGUAAUCCUUUCAAUCAAAGAAAA